GCUCGCUUGCCCCAACGCCAGCAACUGAGCCGCAGUGCCGCACGCAAAGUUGCCGGAGUGCAGGGGUGCGUGGCCCCAACGAACGGCUGGCCAUGGCGCCGCCCCUUGUUGCCCGGCGGCCGCCUGCUUCUCGCCACCUUCGUGGCAUUCUACCUCGCGGCCUCCUGGGCCAAUGCCGCCGUUUCCUACGACCACCGCUCCCUCGUCAUCAACGGGCCGGCGGGCGCAUCCUCAUCUCCGGCUCCAUCCACUACCCGAGAAGCACACCAGAGAUGUGGCCGGGGCUCAUCCAGAAGGCCAAGGACGGCGGCCUCGACGUCAUCCAGACCUACGUCUUCUGGAACGGCCACGAGCCGGUCAAGGGCCAGUACUACUUCCGCGACCGGUACGACCUGGUCCGGUUCGUGAAGCUGGCCAAGCAGGCCGGCCUCUACGUCCACCUACGCAUCGGCCUCGUCUGCGCCGAGUGGAACUUUGGUGGCUUUCCUGUUUGGCUCAAGUAUGUGCCCGGCAUCAGCUUCAGGACAGACAAUGGCCCGUUCAAGGCAGAGAUGCAGAGGUUCGUUGAGAAGAUUGUGUCGAUGAUGAAAUCCGAAAGGCUCUUCGAAUGGCAAGGCGGUCCGAUCAUCAUGUCUCAGGUGGAGAACGAGUUUGGGCCGAUGGAGUCCGUCGGGGGCAGCGGCGCCAAGCCGUAUACCAACUGGGCCGCCAAGAUGGCCGUCGCGACCAACACCGGUGUGCCGUGGGUGAUGUGCAAGCAAGAAGACGCCCCUGACCCCGUGAUUAACACUUGCAAUGGUUUUUACUGUGAUUACUUCACCCCAAACAAGAAGAAUAAGCCGACCAUGUGGACCGAGGCCUGGACUGGGUGGUUUACCUCGUUCGGAGGGGCGGUCCCUCACCGGCCGGUGGAGGACAUGGCCUUUGCAGUGGCCAGGUUCAUACAGAAGGGUGGCUCUUUCGUCAACUACUACAUGUACCACGGAGGAACCAACUUUGGACGUACCGCAGGCGGUCCCUUCAUCGCCACCAGCUACGAUUACGACGCCCCGAUCGACGAAUUUGGUUUGCUUAGGCAACCGAAAUGGGGCCACUUGAGGGACCUGCACAAGGCCAUCAAGCAGGCUGAGCCUAUACUGGUUUCUGGUGAUCCGACUAUCCAGUCGCUAGGGAACUACGAGAAGGCAUAUGUCUUCAAGUCAAAGAAUGGAGCUUGCGCUGCCGCGUUCCUUUCAAACUACCACAUGAAUGCUGCAGUGAAAGUCAGGUUCAAUGGGAGGCACUACGACCUCCCUGCUUGGUCCAUCAGCAUUCUGCCAGACUGCAAAACGGCGGUUUUCAACACCGCGACGGUGAAGGAACCAACACUGCUCCCAAAAAUGCAUCCGGUGGUAUGGUUCUCUUGGCAGUCGUAUAGCGAGGACACAAACUCGCUCGACGACAGCGCCUUCACGAAGAAUGGGCUGGUUGAGCAGCUAAGCAUGACAUGGGACAAGUCAGACUACCUGUGGUACACCACAUACGUUAACAUUGGUGCCAAUGAGCUCCCGAAGAACGGCCAGUGGCCUGAGCUCACCAUCUACUCCGCUGGGCACUCGAUGCAGGUCUUCGUCAACGGAAAAUCAUACGGUUCUGUUUACGGCGGUUACGAAAACCCCAAGCUGACAUAUGAUGGGCAUGUGAAGAUGUGGCAAGGGAGCAACAAGAUCUCCAUCCUGAGUUCAGCAGUCGGCCUUCCUAACGACGGGAACCAUUUCGAGAGGUGGAACGUCGGCGUCCUCGGGCCGGUGACCGUCUCCGGGCUAAACACGGGGAAGAGAGACCUCAGCCAUCAGAAAUGGACAUAUCAGGUCGGCCUGAAAGGUGAGUCGCUGGGCCUCCACACCGUCACCGGAAGCUCCUCCGUGGAGUGGGGCGGUCCUGGUAACAAGCAGCCACUAACAUGGCACAAGGCCUUGUUCAACGCGCCGGCGGGGAGCGACCCGGUGGCGCUGGACAUGGGGAGCAUGGGGAAAGGGCAGAUGUGGGUGAACGGCCACCACGUCGGCCGGUACUGGUCGUACAAGGCCCCCUCCGGCGGCUGUGGCCGGUGCAGCUACGCCGGGACGUACCGCCAGGACAAGUGCCGCUCCAACUGCGGCGAACCCUCACAGAGAUGGUACCACGUGCCCCGGUCGUGGCUUAAGCCGGGCGGCAACCUGCUAGUGGUGCUGGAGGAGUACGGCGGCGAUCUCGCCGGCGUUGCCAUGGCCACGAGAAGGACAUGAGCUGAUUGGAUUGGUUCAUUUCAUUUCUUGAUACGUACGUACGUACGUGCCGCGAUUGACGUGUCACGUCACGUGUGGAUAAUACUACAAUGUUCACGAGGAGCUCGUCUGACGGUGUCUACACACACAAACAAAGAAUCGUUGAGGUGGAGAAGGGAGAGAGAGAGGGCCAGGGGUGGAGUAUUCAUUGCGCAGAGUGAAAGAGGUGGUAGUUGGCUGGCUGGUUUCGCUUCAGCCAUCAUCAGUGCGCCCAUGUGCACUGCGCUGGUGUGCAAUCAAUCAACCAGCCCAAGUUUUUUUCUUCUUCACGUGACUAGGGGAUAGAGUACUUACUAUUAUCCCUAGUAGUAUAAUGCAUGAGGUAUUCAAUUGUUUGUUACUGCUCGUGACAGCCUUUUUGUAGUACGGCACUUGUGCAUUUGCAACACCUGCGUUGCAGGUGUGGCCAACAUUUGUUCGAUGACCGUGUAACCUGCUUUUCGGAAGGAUAAUAUUAAUAAGUAAACAACUCCCAGCA